AGUUAGUGUUAGCGCAAGAAGUAAAGUUCAGGUAAAAACAAAGUGCCUUGGAAGUAGCUUUGAUCAUGUCAGAUGAGGAGGAGAUUCCUGAUCUUGUGCCAGCUCAGAUUGUCAAAGUUCCAAUCACUGUUAUAACAGGAUUUCUUGGGGCAGGAAAAACCACGCUGUUGAACUACAUCCUAACAGAGCAACAUGGGAAGAGGAUUGCUGUCAUUCUCAACGAAUUUGGAGAAGGUAGUUCUAUAGAGAAGUCCCUGUCUGUUGGCCAAGAUGGUCAGCUAUUUGAAGAGUGGUUAGAACUCAGAAAUGGAUGUCUGUGUUGCUCUGUCAAAGAUAAUGGAGUUAAGGCCAUUGAAGAUUUGAUGACCAGGAAAGGAAAGUUUGAUUAUGUUUUGUUAGAGACUACUGGUUUAGCAGAUCCAGGCCCAAUAGCCUCAAUGUUUUGGUUGGAUGAAGAACUGUGCAGUGAUGUAUUCUUGGAUGGGCUAAUUACAAUGGUGGAUUCCAAACACUGUCAUCAGCAUUUAGAUAAGGAAGAAGAUGAUGGUUCAACAAAUGUAACUGUAAGACAGUUAGCCUUGGCAGAUGUUAUCAUAAUAAACAAGACAGACCUGGUUCUGAAAGAGGAGUUGGAAGAUCUAAGGGAAAGGAUAAGUUCAAUAAACAGCUUUGCCAAAAUCUUGGAGACGUCACAUGCCAGAAUUCAUCUUGAUGCAAUAUUGGAUUUGGAUGCAUAUGGAGGACAUAGCCAGAAAACGCUGGAGGCAUUGUUUCUUACUCGGGGUUACAAUGUAGCCAAACCUCACAGGCUAAGCAAGGAUAUUACCACAGUAACAUGUGAAAUAUCAGGAAGUAUCUCAAAGGACGGACUAGAUACAUUUGUGCAGAAUUUACUCUGGGAGAAAAGGGUGAAGACUGAACAAGGGGAGGUAAUGGAUGUUAUUCGAAUGAAGGGUGUUGUAUCAUUAACUAAUUGUGAAGAGAAAAUCAUCAUACAGUCUGUACAAGAGUUGUACGACCAGCACCUCACUGUGAAAUGGGAGCCAUCUGAGAAGAGAUUCAUUAGAGUUGUUUUCAUAGGUAAAAAUUUGGACAGAUCGGUGUUAACCAAUGAACUUUCUAAGCAUGUAACAGUGCCGGUUAAGUGAGGAAUCUAAAUGGACCACAGUAUUCUAACAUUUACAGCACCUCUGUGCUUAUGAAAGCAGAAUUUGAUCUGAGAGGUAUUAUUUAAAACAAAAAAAAAACCAAUUAGUCCUUUGUGUUUUGUGGAGGAAUGUGGUGUUUUCAAACCAAUACAAGAAGAUUUGUGUAGGAAAUCUUUCAUUAAAAUCUUCCUGGAUCUGAAUUGGCAUCAGUGAUUAAUAGUUUCACUUCAGGCCUCCGUGUCAAAGGUGGUUAGCAUACUAGCGUGGCGCAGUGACCCAGGCGCCUCUCACCAAUGUGGCUGCGAUGAGUUCCUAAAAAUAAAUAAAUAAUUUGACUUAUUAAGUGUUUUCUCUAGGAAAUCUGUUGAUAAUUUGUUGUCAUAUAUAAAAAAAACUCAAAACUAAGAUUUCUGUCAAGAAUUUAUAUGAAUUUGUAGUCCUACUUGAUGCUUAAAGAUAAAUGAACAUUGCUAGACAUUGCUAGCAACAGUUUUGUUCAAAACUUAAUAUUUGUACUAUGUCAUGAUGAAAAGAAAUCAUCUUGUACAAUGUAUUUUAUAAAGGAUAUAAUGGAGAAGCCAGUUUAAGUCAAUUUUAUACAGGUGAAAAUGCUUGUAUUAAAAAAAUGCUCAUGCUUUUCUAUGUAUAUUCAUGUUGUCAGUUUGUUUUUGGUUCAUGCCAAGUGAGAUUUUGUAAUUUUAAUUAAUUAAUAUUAAUAUUUUGUAUGUCCAGAGUAAUUUUUUUUUUUGCCUUUAUAGAACACCAUAAAGCCACUGGAAAAAAUGAUUUUCAUUAUGCAUUGUAGCUGGCUACCUAAAGGCCUUUUUUUACAUUAACUCAUCUGGGGACCAUAUUGUGGUAUUAUACAUUAAGUUGUAUACCCAAGAAUUAACCUGCCUGCGUGGUAUCAUUGCCUACUUGGUGUGAGACUGAAUUUCUGACACCACUGGUUUUAGUCUUGGUCAGUUGAUGCUUAUUCCUCAUAACACUUAUGUGUACAUCUAUUUAUUAAUUGCUGCAUGCCACUUUAUAUGUUCAUGCUACUUUAUAUGUCCGUGCUGCGUGUGUUUAUUCUAAAGUUUAGCAUACAUACUGUAUAAGUACACAGGGCAACUACACAUACUGGUAAUCAACGUGCUUGGGUUUACUAGGGUAGAUAAUG